UGUGAAAUUGAUUCCAGUACUAGAAGACGCUCCAAACGAGUUGGGUUGGUCUAGCUGAGUAAAGCUAGUCGGUACGAUGUGUUGGUACAUUGUUGUUCUCCUUGUGCUUCCUGUAUCUAUACUUCAUUUGGUGGUUGCUAUUCCGGAGUUAGAGUGUAGUUUCGAAGAAGAUUUCUGUGGUUUCUCUCAGAGAGAAGAAGAAUAUGGAUGGAUAAGAAGGAACACAAGCGUAGCUAAGCAACCAACUGUAGAUCAUACUCUCGGAACAAAAUCUGGGAACGUUAUGGCACUAAGCUCGAUUGGUUCUGAAGAAACAAAACAGCAGAGACGCAUUCAAUCUCCUUUACUACAACGGACUGGUUCUUCGUAUUGCCUCGAGUUCUACUUCUAUUUAACAGAAGAGAGUAAUGACAUUGAGGUUAUCAUUAAGCAAAGCGCUGGAGAACUCUCGGUCUGGAAUCGAACUGAAGCCGCUCUGUUCAAGUGGAGUCGUGCUUUGUUAGACAUUAAUUCCAUAAUAUCUGACUUUGCGAUUAUAUUUGAGGGUACUUUUCAGUCUCCUGUUGAGUCUGUCAUGGCAAUUGAUGACGUAAUGCUACAGAGCGGCAUAUGCAAUCAAGAAUUUGUGUGCAAUUUCGAAGACUCAUUUUGUCUAGAGCAAGUGGUUGGUUUUGAUCAUUUUAAUUGGAAACUUGGUAGUGGGGAAACAUCAUCCGUGGUUACCGGUCCUCCCGCAGACCAUACACUUGGCGACGCGUCAGGCCAUUAUGCAUAUAUCGAAGCUAGUGCACCUAGAAAGGCCAACGAUACGGCAGUAGUAAGGACGCCAAUUAUUGCACCAUCUUCGGAUACGGGUCCACAAUGUCUUCUGUUUUGGUAUCAUAUGUACGGUCAACAUAUCGAAACAUUAAAUGUGUACACAGUGAAUAACAGUGGACCAGGUGUAUUGGUGUGGACAAAAUCUGGUAAUAGGGGAAACGUGUGGAGACCAGCCGAAAUUGAACUGCGUGAAAGUAUGAAUUUUCGAGUAGUGUUCCAAGCUGUACGUGGCAAUGGUGUUCGAGGAGAUAUAUCUAUCGAUGAUAUAAGUGUUGAAUUAAGAUCUUGUUAUCUUCACGAUCUCUCAAGUGUGCCAAGUAUAUCAUGCAGCUUUGAAGAAGUUGAGUUAUGUGGCUAUGUUCAGGACAAGGAUGAUGAACUUGACUGGGGUUGGAAAAAUGAAGCUACAUCUACUCUAGGAACCGGUCCUUCUACUGACCACACGUCGAUGGAUGGCCUAGGAUUUUAUUUGUAUGUUACAAUGACUAAUCAACAAGCGCCGGGAAAUACCGCUCGUCUUAUAUCACCAAAAAGAAGUACCGGGAGGCCUAUACCGAAAAAACCGCAGUGCCUGGAGUUUUGGUACCACAUGUACGGAGAUCGCGUUCAGCAAACAUUAUCAGUAUAUUUACAGGAUGAAAGUUCAGAAACUAGAUUGUUAAGCAUUGACGGCAAUCAUGGUGAUUUCUGGCACCGGGCUACGUUGAAGAUUACAAAAGAAACAGAAUACAGAGUAGUAUUCGAAGGGACUCUAGGAUUCUCAAGAUUUGGAGAUAUAGCGAUUGAUGACGUCACUCUUACAGACGGAGACUGCGAAAUUGUUGUGACAACACCGUUACCAUCACCAGACUCUGUUAUGGAUAUCGAUUGUGUAUUUGAAAGGCGGGAUUUCUGUAACUAUACACAAGAUAUUUACGAUGAUUUUGACUGGACGCCAGCACGAGCAAACACCCUAAUAUUCGGGCCUGAAUACGACCAUACUUUAAAGACAUCGUUGGGUCAUUUUAUGUACGUUGAUCCGUUCUUUCGGAGGUUCGACCAGAAAGCUAGAUUGUAUUCACCACUUGUCAAGGAAACCACCCAGCCAUCUUGCGUUAAAUUUUGGGUCUACAUGAACGGCGAAGAUGCCGACUUCUUCAACGUGUAUGCAAAGCAAUACUCAGAGCCGUUACCCAAUGACCCAAGUUUAGCUGUUUACGGGGAUCACGGUAAGAAAUGGAUUUAUGAACAGGUUGAAAUAGCGCCAUCACAAGAGCCUUUUAAUGUUGUUUUUGAGGGAGUUCGUGGAACUGGAGUCGUAAGUGUAAUUGCAAUCGAUGACAUCGAGUUUUCUCGGAUGCCCUGUGAAUCAUAUUUUAGCUGUGAUUUUGAAUCAGGAAUUGAUGUGUGUGGGUUUGUUCAAGAUAAAGACGGAAUCGAAGAUGAUUUUGAUUGGUAUUUACAACAGGGCACGAAAGCACCUGAGACUGGACCCACCACUGACCAUACCAUUGGAGAACAAACAGAACAUUACGCUUUAAUGGAGGCUUCACAGCCGCAACGACCCGGUUACAAAGCGGUACUACGCACACCUCUUCUUAAAGGUGUUCUGCUACCGACCUGUUUAAAGUUCUUUUAUUUUUCGUACGGAGAACAAGUUAGCAGUUUGACAGUUUAUAAAUCUAACCAGGGCUAUAACUUAGAAGAACUGUGGAAGAGCUCUGGUAUCAGCGUCAGCAAUUGGAAAAGUAUAACAAUUCAGUUACCAAUGUCUUCAUCAAGCUAUCAGGUGUAUUUUGAGGGACAGAUCGGAAAACAUUUUCAGGGAGAUAUAGCUAUCGAUGACGUCAUCAUAUUUCAAGGAUAUUGCGUUGACAUCACGGCCACAACUUCGGAAAAUGAAUCUACAAAAAAUCCAUUAUCUACUAACCGUCGCACGAACCAGCAUUACCAAACAUCUGCCUUUGCAUGUGAUUUUCAAGUAGAUAUCACAGCGUGCGAUUUAAGACAGUCUACGCGAGAUAAUUUCGAUUGGGUAUAUUAUGACUUACAUGAGUUCCAAGGAAUGCCUGGAUUAGAAGGUAAAGAGUCAUAUAUUUAUAUCAGAGCCAAAGAUAGACAGGUUGGACAGAAAGCUCGACUUCAGACACCCGAAAUUGUGGCUGGUAGUAGUCAGUGUCUACAGAUUAACUACAUUAUUCAACAAACUCCCCAAGUUUUGAAUACAUAUAUUAUAGAAGAUAAUAUGUGGACACAAAUUUGGGGGACUUCAGAUAUCACAGGAGAUUGGACAGUUCAGUAUGUUGAUUUUAGUUCUACAUCAACAAUGUUUUAUAUUGUCAUUGAAGCCGUAAUUGGAAAUUCUGGAAGUGGAGUGAUCGCUCUUAGUUGUAUUAAUGUGAAUCCCGGUAAUUGUCCAACAGUUGGUAAUUAA